AAUUAUUCUUGUACAAUGGAGAGAAUCGAAGCAAAGCUUAGUAGCACAGCUAAUACCCAACCAGAUUAUGACUUGAGCCAAGAAGUUGCUGACUCGUCGAUACCAUUCCAGGCUGUGCCUAAUGUGAGAAGAGUGACUGCUAAGACGAAGAAGUAAAUAUACUAAAGAAUUCUACAGAAAGCAAAAUAAUAAAAUCUCUAAUUUUAAGAUCUCUGAUUUAGAGCUUAGUAAAAGCAAGCUAAGUCAGAAAUAGAAUUGACAUUAUUGUGAAAAGAGCAUCAGCUUCACUAGAAGCAAAGCAUCCUUCAAGAGGCGUGAAACAAUCAAAGGUCUGAUAUAAGCCUAAUGGAAGCCAAGGAAAAAUCUUAAUGGUCUCUAAAGAUCCUCUUGCGAAAAAUUCUAACAGUAAACCCAAGAUUUCUGCAGUAACUACUUUAUCUUCAAAGGCUAAUAAGAAGGGAAGACUGAGUGAGGCUAAGAGUAGCAUAUCUCAUAGCUAUCUAAGGUCGAAAGCAAGCUGAAUCUCCAGAAACCAUCGUAUUAGAUUGGCUAAUAGUCAUUACACUGCUUUAACUACUAGUAUGAAGAAUAAAAGUUGUGAAAAUCGAAGGGCAAAAUCAGUCCUAGGAAAAACAAGAGCUUAUUUGAACAAUACAGGGCCCGGAGAAUAUGAUCUUCCUAAUCUUUGGAAGCUCUCUGGUAUUGGCAAUUCUCGGAAUAAAUCAAGUCCUUGUUUCAGUAUUGCUCAGAGAUGUAAAACACCGAUUCUCUCAAAAUUCCACACUCAGGAUAUUAUUGGAAAAUCAAGUCCUGGUGUAGGAACAUACCAAUCCCACCCGAAAUUUAUUAGCGGGCCUAAAUACUCAAUGUCAUUAGAUAAGAGAUUUGUAGAUUACAGCAAAGACAAAUCUAAAAUAGUUUCUUAUUAUACACCCAACGACUUCAAAUAAGAGUUCUUACAUUUUUGGAUCUGAUAGUCGAUUCAAAUACAAGAGAGACCAAAAGUUAAUCCUAGAAAAAGCUCCAGGACCAGGACAAUACACUGCCUCAGGCUCAUUUCAGAAGACUAUGAGAAGAACUAAUGGCUUUGGAACUUCGAAGAAAUUUAGUAGUACAGUCUACUUCAAAGAACUUCAGAAUGCUUAUGUUUCUAAGCAUUCUCCAGGACCUGGAGAGUAUACAAUCUCAGGAAGUUUCAAUCCAUCAAAAAGAAGCGGGGCUAUAAUCAGCCCAUACUCUGUUAUUUCCAGGAAGCAAGACUACAAUCCAUCUUUUAUUCCUAAAAAGAACCAGUUGAUUCUACAGGAUCAUGCUCAAUUUGCAAAGCUUGUGAAUAAAUGUGGGAAGAUCAAAUUCUCAACGGCCAAGAGAGACUUUGACCCGAUCCUGUUUAGUGCCCAGAACAAGGAGUUUAUCAUUAAAGGGAUUCAGUAA